UGACCCACUGCUGAGCAAAGGCCUCCACCAAAUCCUUCCAAGAUUCUCUAUUCUGGCCGUCAAGGAACCAGCCCGCGCGGUAAGCGUUAAGAUCGUCUCGCCACCGCUUCCUAGGCCUCCCACGGCGACGCCGUCCAUCCGCUGGCUCCCAUAGUGUGGCGACUUUGGCCCAACGACUAAUACUAUACUUUAAUGUUUUUCCGAGUAAUAUGUAUAUAAGCAUUUCCGGAAAAAAGAGGAAUAUGAAAAUUUCGUAAUUUACUCAAUCUAUUAUCAUCGGAAAUAACGUAUCAAAAGAUAACACUGAAACACCUGCACAGAUUUAUUCAAAUCUGAUAAAAAGUUAAACGAAAGGGAACUUUCGCAAUUAUUCAUAUUUAAUAAAAUCGAAUAGCUACUAAGAGCGUUAAAUUACCUACGUAGUUUAGCUCCGAAGUUAAGGUUCAUAUAAUUACGAUUUUCUUACAAAAAUACUGCAUCAGGACUACUACUUUUACAUCAACUCUUUUUUAGCAGAAAGCAAUACUUAACACAACACAACAAGUUUGGACUAAUUGGCAUAUAGUAAAUGAAGACCUCGGCGACUUCCACUUUACCGCGAAGACUGGUUUGCUCCCGCCGAAGUAUUACCCGCUGACGGAUCGCGACUUGAGUGCCAGCGAGAAGGCAGCUGAGGUCAUGGACUUCAUACAGCUGGUGCCGAAACUGGACCCGUUCACGAGGGACAAACUCGAACCGAUUGGCAUCGACCUGCCUUACUUGUGGUUCAAGGGCAAAAUUUACAUGACAGACUUCGUGUUGGCCGGAAUAAAAUCUUUUCAGGUCCGAAACCUCGAGUUGCGGCUGAAUAACCUUAGAGCAGACCUCAACCUUACCUUACCCGACAUAUACGUAGAAGGUGACUUUAACUUGCAAGCGUCUGUAAGCUUCAUUCCGAUAUUGAUGAGCUGUCAUUUAAGUUUUCAUAUAAUGAACAUGGAUAUAUCAUUGUCGGGAGGAAGUAGUCUGGUGCAAAGUCCUACAGCAGGAGAGGCAUUGCAAAUCGACAGUGCGGCGGUUCUGAUAGACAUAGAAAACAUUCGGGUCAAUCUUUCUAACGUAGCCUUCGGUGGAUCUGAAGACGAGACGGGUCUGGCCAUUGCGCAACUCUUCAGCACUCCUGCGAAGGAAAACAUGUACGACGGGCUUCUCGUGGCAGCGCUCAAGAAGAUCAACCAGGAACUCAUCAAGGUGUCGUCAGACAUCUUCAAGAGCUAUUUGCUGGAUGAUUAAAAAUACAGUUUUAAAUCAAAUGUAGUAAACAACUGACUGUCGCGAGGGCCCGAUAGAACAUUAAAUAAUCCAAAGUAAACUUUUCAUGAAGCCCUGCCUCACCUUCUUUUUCUUUUUACUAAUAAGUAUUAUUAAAAAAUAUUUUUAUACACGUUUUUAAAUCAGUUGCGCCGCAGGACUUGAGAAGUUA